AAAAAUUCGUGUCCUGUUCCAUUUCUCUCCAUCUCCCGGAAAGUUCUGCCUAUAAAUAAGGAGCGUAAGCGCAUCAUCAACCUCCAUCGCGUUCGUGCGUUAGUCUCUUCACUCACCACCUUGCACCGAGAGAGAAAGAGAGAGAGAGAGAUGGCGAGGGACAUCGACGAUCUGCCGAAGAACGCCGCCAACUACACGGCCCUGACGCCGCUGUGGUUCCUCGACCGGGCCGCCACGGUCCACCCGGGCCGGCGGUCGCUCGUCCACGGCUCCGUCACCUUCACCUGGCGCCAGACCUACCAGCGGUGCCGCCGCCUGGCCUCUGCCCUGUCCAGGCGAUCCAUCGGCCUCGGCAACUCGGUUGCAGUGAUUGCGCCGAAUGUCCCUGCCUUGUUUGAAGCUCAUUUUGGGGUUCCGAUGGCUGGAGCUGUUGUAAAUGCUGUCAAUAUACGCCUGAAUGCAGCAGCUGUUGGUUUUCUCCUCGGCCAUUCAUCUUCUGAAGUCGUAAUGGUGGACCAAGAGUUCUUCCCCUUGGCUGAGGAAGCUCUGAAAAUAGUAGCGGAGAAGAGUGAUAAAAAUUAUAAGCCUCCACUUCUGAUUGUUAUAGCGGAUGAAAGCUGUGACCCAAGAACACUUACGCAUGCUUUAGGAAAAGGGGCAAUUGAAUAUGAGAAGUUUUUGGAAACCGGAGAUCCGGAGUUUGCUUGGCAACCACCGGAAGAUGAGUGGCAGAGUAUCGCUCUUGGUUAUACUUCGGGUACGACUGCCAGUCCGAAGGGAGUUGUAUUACACCAUCGAGGAGCAUAUCUCAUGUCUAUAAGUGCUCCUCUAGUCUGGGGGAUGAAUGAAGGAGCCAUUUACUUGUGGACUUUGCCUAUGUUUCAUUGUAAUGGUUGGUGUUUCACCUGGGGACUGGCAGCCUUUUGUGCAACCAGCAUAUGCCUUAGACAGGUAACAGCUAAGGCAGUCUAUUCGGCUAUCGCCAAAUAUGGCGUGACUCACUUCUGCGCUGCGCCGGUGGUUUUGAACACAAUAGUCAAUGCCGCGCCUGAAGACACCAUACUCCCUCUCCCUCACACAGUUCAUGUAAUGACCGCUGGUGCCGCCCCACCCCCUUCUGUUCUCUUUGGAAUGUCCCAAAAAGGCUUCCGUGUUGCGCACACAUAUGGGCUCUCUGAAACGUAUGGUCCUUCCACCAUCUGUGCAUGGAAGCCCGAGUGGGAUUCGCUGCCUCCAGAAGAGCAAGCCCGCCUCAAUUCACGCCAGGGCGUUCGUUACACAGGUCUGGAAGGUCUUGAAGUUUUAAGCACUCAAGACAUGAAGCCCGUUCCUGCUGACGGGAAAACAGUAGGAGAGAUAGUGAUGCGGGGCAACGUUGUGAUGAAAGGCUACCUGAAGAACCCAAAAGCCAACGAGGAGUCUUUUGCAGGGGGAUGGUACCAUUCUGGAGAUCUUGGUGUCAAACAUCCUGACGGAUACAUUGAAAUCAAGGACAGGUCAAAGGACAUCAUCAUCUCCGGAGGCGAAAACAUAAGCAGUGUAGAGGUCGAGAAUGCUCUAUACACGCAUCCAGCGAUUUUAGAGGUAUCUGUGGUUGCCAGGCCUGAUGUCCGAUGGGGGGAGUCUCCUUGUGCCUUUGUGACACUGAAGCCGGGAGUGGAUAAAUCCGAUGAGCGGCGACUGGCACAGGAUAUAAUGAAGUUCAGCCGGGAGAAACUACCGGCUUAUUGGGUUCCUAAGUCAGUCGUCUUCGGGCCAUUGCCAAAGACGGCUACGGGAAAGAUACAGAAGCAUGUGCUGAGGGCCAAGGCAAAGGAAAUGGGACCUGUCAAGACCAGUAAAUUAUGAGUGCGCCAUGGUCGAGCUGGUUUUAGUCACUUCUCUUCGUCAGUACUUUGAAGAAGCCUGCUUUGCAUGCAAAUCUUUAAUAACGGAACACCUUCCUUCCUACUUUUCUUGAGAAAAAACUAUUCAUUUUCCUGAUGAUACUGUUGGAUUUGGAAUAUUGUCGGAGCUAAUUUCAGGUCGCAAAGCCUGACUUUGCAAAAGGGUAGAAUUGGGCCUUAGAGAUGGCCGACUUUCAAGGAAGGUGAACUAGUGUACGAGUCCAUGUCGUUUUCGCAGGAAAUGGGGUUGGGUUUUGCCUUCCCAUCUCUCUCAUCAAGUCAAUGGAUAAGCCUUAGCCAGAAAAUGAUAAACAGGUGAAUAAACAUCGUCUAGACGAAAGAAUGCUUAUUAGUCUUGUCGGCUA